AUUAAUUCACGAAAUAAAAAUAUGAAAUAUUCACCACACGUGAAUGUAAAGUGUUUGAGCACCAUUCGUGUACCAUAGAAAUGUCAAGCGUUGAAAUUUCUCAUAGAUAAUGUGUUGACAAAAGUGCCAAACAAACCGUAAACGAACAGAGCAUGUGAAGAUACAAUCGCAAUUAUAAACUGUAUUUUGUGUUUCACUUUGAAUUUGUUGUCAUAGCAAACGUUUAAUCUCAGCACUAGAAUUGGAUAAUUGAGAGUCGAAUAUUAUCAUAUUAACCGAUCAGUUUAGUUCUUUUUUCUCCCGAGACAAGGGAAUAUUUAAAAAAAAAAAAUGGAUUUUUGGCCCUAAAAAGAAUUAGAUUUGGUUUUUCAAUCAAACAAAAAAUUAAAAGGAGCUGACGGAGGGAAAUCGAUAAAAAUGAAGAUAAGAACUCGGCCAUUUCCGCGCACGUUUAGUGAUUGGGCAACAACAUUGUUCUUGGCCCUGGCAAUUCCAUUAACUUACUGGUUUGAACUAUGGAUUGUGACACCAGCCCUGUUCAGCAUCGAUUCAUUUAUGUGUGCAUUUAAUUUCGUACUUGGGACCUUCAUACUUUUCAAUAUAGUUAGCAAUAUGAUGGCAUUGAUACUGUGCAACACAAGCAUAAUUGGCCAACGGAUUGUUCGACCCACCAAAGCAAGUUCGUCAUUGUGGAAAUUCUGUGCGAUCUGUGAGUCUGUAACACCUCCACGUUCCUGGCAUUGUACAACGUGUAAUGUUUGCAUCCUGAAGAGAGAUCACCAUUGCAUGUUUACUGGGUGCUGUGUUGGUCAUCACAAUCAGCGAUAUUUUAUAUGCCUUGUUUUCUAUUUAUUCAUCGGAACGGCAUAUUCAAGCGUGCUGAACACGAUUUUCGUAUGGUUUGUGCAUGGUGUUGAAUAUCACACAACGAUCACAAUAUUCAAAAUCAUUUUCCCCUUGGCAAUGCUAAUGUUUGAGGCAUCGGUUUAUCAAUACUAUCUACUAAUGUACUUACUAAAUAUGAUUGGCGCUGUAUUCACGGGGUUUCUACUUUUUUACCAUUUACGAAAUGUGUGGCGCGGUUGUUUAACACACGAAUCUCUGCGUCAAUUCGAUUUGGGACUAAUGGAAAAUAUUCGCAUGGUGUUUGGCGUUCGAUGGUAUUUGAGCUGGACAUCACCAUUUGUGAAAAGUGAUUUACCAUUCGAUGGAGUUGAUUGGGAGAAAAUUUAUGAAAAAAAUACGAAAAAUCUUUAAUUAACUACCAAAAAACAAAACGAAUUAUCUCUCACUGAAUUUUCUUAUGAAUAACAAAAAUGUUAUGAACUCAGGUGAAUAGAUCGACUUUUGACCAACUCUAUCUAAAAGUUUAUUAUCAAUCAAUUAAAUCUAAAUAAUAUAACAAUUUCGUUCAAACUGUAUGUUUCUUAAUUCCGAUCCGACUAAUUUUUUUUCUAACUGUAGUUUUUUUUCUUCUAACAUAUUAGUGAAUAUUAAAUGGUGCAAAAAGAGCAGAGAAAUAAAAACAUUAAUCUAAUAUAUAAAACUGCGUUGAAAUGAGUAAUAAUUUUAUCAGCAAACACGACUAAAAUUUAUGAAUUAUUUUUAUUUCUGUGUGUUUAUCUGUGAUUUGUUCAUUAUUAUUACUAUUAUCAUAAUAAUCAUCCAAUAAAACGAUCUAAUAAAUUUCAGACAACGUAAA